GCACAAGUCACGUUAAUUUGUACUUUGAAUCACAUUGAAUCUGCAUUUCUUCUAGAUAUUAAACAAAUUCUUAUCUACUGCGUUUAAUUUUUUCAAAAAAUGGGCCUUCUAUCAAUACUGCGGAAACUGACAUCCAAUCCUGAUAAGGAAUUAAGACUUCUGCUGCUGGGAUUGGAUAAUGCUGGAAAGACGACUAUUUUAAAAAUAUUGGCCUCUGAAGAAAUAACCAAUAUAACACCAACAGCCGGUUUUAAUAUCAAAUCAGUAGUAACUGAUGGCUUUAAAUUGAAUGUUUGGGAUAUUGGAGGUCAAAGAAAAAUACGACCAUACUGGAAAAACUAUUUUGAAAAUACUGACGUACUGAUUUAUGUAGUUGACUCGGCAGACAAAAAACGAUUAGAAGAGACUGGAAUUGAGCUCUACGAGUUGCUUAGUGACGAAAAACUUAAAAACGUACCACUCUUAGUGUAUGCCAAUAAGCAAGAUCUUCCCGAUUCUCUCACAGCUGCUGAUUUAGCUGAAGCUUUAGGUCUACCAUCUAUAAAAGAUAGGGCGUGGCAAAUUCAAGCUUGCACUGCUUCCCAAAGCAAAGGAGUGCGCGAAGGAAUGGAGUGGAUUUGCAAAAAUUUUAAAUUUAAAUAAUAAUUUUUUGUGUACUAUGCUAGGUCUUAUACUUUGGUGUUCCAAAUUUGAGAGUGAUACUAGAAUCUUUAAAAGUA